AUGGCUAACCAUGCAUUUUAUUUUGUCUUUUUUUACGAUUGCAAGGAUGGUAAACAGAAAGGAGUAGUUCCCGAAUCUAAUUUGAUAUCAUAUAUUCGACCAAUUGCACACGGACCAAUUCUUCUUGUGAAAUGUAAUUUUUUACGAAGUAUGACUAUUAUACAAAACCGCGACAAAAGAUGUAAUGAGGUGGACUUCAAUAGAAAUUGGCAAGAUUAUGAAACUGGAUUUGGUGAAGUUCAUGGAGAAUAUUGGCUUGGUUUAAAGCAUUUUAAGGAUAUCAAUGAUAACAACCCUUCACUUCAACUAAAAUUAUACUUUCAAAGAUGGAGAUUAUUUUUUUAUAGUUUUAAUUUGUCCAAUGAUACUGACGGGUAUAGAUUUCAUUUCGAUAGUUAUAUUAAUUUUAAUAAGAAUCCCACCAAUAUGUCUUUGAUGAGUGGAGUCAAGAGUAUGAGUGGUCAACCAUUUUCUACAUUUGAUCGCGACUAUUUCAUUCACGGUUGUCCUAACAGGUUUAAGGGUGGAUGGUGGUAUUUAGAUGAUUCCGUUUGUUCUAAGGCCAAUCUAAAUGGAAAUCACAAUGACGUCGAUUUGGAAGCGGAAAUUCACUUUUUUGAUGAUGCUGACAUAAGACACAUUCCUAGUGAAGUUCAAAUCAGAAUCAAAUGA